AUGAUUGAACAAAAGAUACAUAAGAGAUACAAAAUAGUAAAAAAAGAUGAUGUGAAUCAUCGAUAUACGAUUAACGAUAUAGAAGUAUUUUUCCCAUAUGAAUUAUAUGAUUGUCAAUAUAAUUAUAUGCUUAGUGUAUUGAGUGCUUUAAAAAAAAGAGAAAAUGCAAUAUUAGAAUCUCCUACAGGUACAGGGAAAACAUUAUGUUUGUUAUGUGCAAGUAUUAGUUAUGUUGUAGAUAUCUUAGAAAAGAAAGGACAUUUUAAUGAAAAUAUUAAUAUCAGUGAAAAUAAUAAAAACAUAUCGUUAGAAUUUGGAAAAAGUAAUGAUAGUGUUCCAAAAAAAGUUGUUGUUAAUGAAUUUCCUAAGAUCAUAUAUGCUUCGAGAACACAUAGUCAGUUGAAGCAAGUAAUAAAAGAAUUAAAAAAUGUAUAUUUUAUUAAAAAUAAUGAGAAAUAUAAGUUAUUAACAACCAUAUUAGGUUCUCGAGAUCAAUUAUGUGUACAUAAUAUUAAUUAUAAUUAUAAAGGUACAUUAUUAAAUAAUAUGUGUAAACGUACAAGGAAAAAUGGAGAAUGUAUUUAUCAUAACGGUUUAAAAUAUUUAUAUAAAUUAAAACAUUUAUUUACUACUCCUAUGGAUGUAGAAACAUUAAGCGAAAUAGGAAAAGGGAAUUCUGUUGGUCAGAAUAUUCAUUUUUGCCCUUUCUAUGCUACAAGAGAAAUACAAAAUGAGUGUCAUAUUAUUUUAUUACCAUAUAAUUAUUUAUUUGAAGAAAGUACACGUAAAAUAUUAAAAUUAAACUUAGAGAAUAGUAUUAUAAUUAUAGAUGAGGGCCAUAAUAUUGAAAAUGUAGCAGAAGAAGCCGUUUCUUUUAAAUUAAAAGAUACAGAUUUGAAUUUAUUUCUAGAAGCUUUAAAAGCUACAUUAACCAUACUAGAAAAAGUAAAUGAAAUAGAUAAAGAAAUUAAAGAUAAAAUUAAUAUUGAUGAAUUAUUUAUUUUGAAUAGAAGUAUCAAUGCUUUAAUAACAUGGUUACAUAAUUUACACUUAGAAAAAAAUGAAAAAAAAAAAAUAAAGGAAAAACAUAAAAUAUAUCAAGGAAAACAAAUAUUUGAAAUUUUCGAAAAAAAUAGUAUAAAUAUUACAAAAGAUAAUUUUGAUAAUUUUAAUAAUUUAUUAACAGCUAUGAUUGAAUUAUUAAAUAAAUAUACAAAUGAUUUUAAAUUAUCUCAAAUGGAUGUAAAGAAUAUUAAUAGAUUUAUAGCUAGUAUAGAUCAUGUAAAAAAAGCUUUUGGUAUAUUAUUUAGUGAUAUAGUAAAAAAUUGUAUUGAAUAUUUUCAUUUAUAUAUAAAUGAAGAAAAGAUGAACAAUACAGAUACUUUCAACAAUUACAACAAUUACAACAACAAUAAUAAUAAUUAUUAUAGUGGAAGUAGUAAUGUCGAUUCUAUGAACUUUAUUAAUAGUGGUAAAAAUUAUGAUGGUAUGAAUCGUUUCAUAAAAAAAAAAAUUGCUUAUGACAACAACAUGAGUAAUAAUAAUAAUAAUAAUAAUAAUAGUAAUUAUUAUGAUACUUUUGGAAGUAAUAAUAUAUACAAUAAUAAUACAUCAAAUACAUUCAAUAAUAACAACAAUAAUAAUAAUAAUAGUAAUAAUACCGUAUGUAAAAAUAUUUCUUUGUUAUGUUUUUCUGCAACAGCUAGCUUGUGUGGAAUAAUAAAGGAAAAAAUAAAUUCCAUAAUAGUAACUUCUGGAACACUAUCUCCUAUUGAACCAUUCUCAAAACAACUUAGUGGGAAUUAUUUUUCUUUUAAACAUAUAUUAGAAAAUGAUCAUGUUAUAAAAUCUCAUCAAUUAUUUGUAGGAUGCAUGACGCAUUAUAAUAAUCAAAUAUUAUUAUCCACAUAUGAAAAUAGAGCAAAUGAAAAUUAUAUAAGAUCUUUAGGAAACUGUAUUUUUGAUAUUAUUGUUUGUAUUCCUUAUGGGGUCUUAAUAUUUUUUUCAUCCUACAGCUCAAUGACGGAAACGGUGAACUCCUGGAAAAAGAUGAAAAUAUAUGAUAAAAUAAAUACAUAUAAAACCAUAUUUGUAGAACCUAACAAAGCUACCGAUUUAAAAGAUAUAUUGGAUCAAUAUGAAAUUCUUAUUAAAAAAAAAAGGAAAGGUGCUAUUCUUAUGGGUGUGUGUCGAGGUAAAAUAUCUGAAGGUAUUGAUUUUAAAGAUGAUUGUUGUCGUGCAGUUAUAAUUUGUGGUUUACCAUAUGGUAAUGUAUAUGAUAGUAAAAUAAUUUUUAAAAAAGAAUUUCUAGAUAAUUUUAAAUAUAAAAAAACUGAUGAAGGUCCGAAUUCUUCAAAUAUAACAUCGAAUAUAUCUAAAGGUAAUAAAUGGUAUAAUGAAGAAGCUAUGAGAUCUAUUAAUCAAUCUAUUGGAAGGGUUAUUAGGCAUAAAAAUGAUUAUGGAGCAAUUUUUUUCUUAGAUUCGCGUUUUUCUAAUAAUCAAAGAAUUAAAGAAAUAUCUAAAUGGGUUCGAACACAUUUUAGAAUCUAUAGAGAUGUUGAACAAAUUCAAAGUGACAUUGAUAAAUUCUUUGAAUUGUUUAAAGGUCUAAAUGAUCGAUUACAAUUACAAAAAGAUCAAAAUGUAAAUCAGAAAUCUAAUAAUGCAAAGAUAAUGAAUAAUAAUAAUGAUAAUAUAUAUGAUAUGAAUAAUAGUAAUACAAUAAGUGAAGGAGGUGUUGCUAUUAAAGAAAAUAAUGAAUCUAUAGAUAAUACAAAUAGUAAUAAUAAUAAUAAUAAUAAUAAUAAUAAUAAUAAUAAUAGUUCCACGAAAUUAAUAGGAAAGAAUUUUCAAGAUUGCUUUAUUAAAAGUGAUAAAAAUAAAAAAACGAAUAAACAUGAUAUGCCUCAAAAUAAAUUUUCUUUUAAUCCAACAAAAAAAAUGAAAAAUCAACCUAAAAUUUUAAGUAUGAUACAAAAUAUUACAAAAGGAAAAAAUCCAGAAAAAAAAAGUAUAUAUAUAGAUAAUAAUAAUAAAAAUGAAAAUGAUAUAGAAAAUCAAAAUAAUCAUACUAUAAACAAUAAUAAUAAUAAUAAUAAUACAUUGAACAACAAAGAAGAAUCAAAUGUUAAUAAUAAAUAUAGUAGCUUAAAAUUAGACAAUGCUAAAAUAUUAAUAGCAUCGUUCAGAGAAAUAUUAUCAAAAGAUAUAUAUGAUAAAUUUUUUGAACUAAUUAAAGAAACCAAAAAAAAAAGUAAUGAAAAGAAAUAUGAAAUAUUAAUUAAUAAUAUAUUAGAAUUAAUUACUCAAAAUUUUAUAAGAGCAAAUAAUGAAAAAAAAAAAAAUAUAAAUAUGCCAGUGGAAAAACAAAAACAUAUUCUUUUUAAUGAUAUUAUGAAUGCUCAAGAAUUAAUAGAUAUAUGGAAACUACUUAUCAAAUUAAUUAAUAAUUUCUUUCCAGUUCAGGAAAAAGAAAAAUGCUUUUUUAUCCUACAGAAAAGAUUUAAAGAAAGUACAACGGAUUUUGAUGAACUCGAAAAAUAUGUGUACAAUUAUAGGUUAGAAAAAAUUGAAAUUAUUUAA